AUGAUUACACCUCGCCCCAACCUACGUCUUUUCUCCGCGCUCCGCUCCCCCUUAGCCGCACGCCGCUUUGCGACCGAGUCGCGGUUAACCUCGGACCAUGUCCGCAUCGUUGAAGUCGGCGCCCGAGAUGGCCUGCAGAAUGAGAAAAAGUCCAUCUCAAAGGAAACAAAGCUCGAAUUGAUCAGAAGGUUAGCCAAGACAGGCGUGACGACCAUUGAGGCUGGCUCAUUUGUCCCUGCCAAAUGGGUACCACAGAUGGCAAGCACAGCUGAGAUCUGUGAGCAUCUACUCACAAAACCCCCACCAGCACAGUCUACCAUUGCAUACAACUACCUAGUACCCAACAUCAAAGGCCUGGAGGGCUUGGUCAAGGUCAUGGAGCAGACGGGAGUGCCUGCAGAUGCGGGGGCAGAGACGUCGGAGGCCGCUACAACAACUGAAGUAUCACUUUUCGCGGCAGCAACAGAAGCUUUUUCCAAGGCCAACACCAACUGCACCAUUGACGAGUCCCUCGAACGAAUUAAACCAAUUGUCGCAUUAGCAAAGACAAAGAACAUCCGGGUGCGAGGAUAUGUCUCUGUCGCACUUGGUUGCCCCUACGAGGGCCCCGACGUUAGCCCUGUCAAGGUUGCUGAAAUCACCGCCACUCUGUUGGAAAUGGGAGCGGAUGAAGUUUCGGUGGCCGACACCACUGGUAUGGGGACCGCUCCACGCACCAUGGAGCUCCUUCAGGCGCUCAAGGCUGCUGGUAUUGCUAAUACGGACCUGGCAUUGCACUUCCAUGAUACCUACGGCCAGGCAUUGGUGAACACGAUCGUCGGGUUGGAGCAUGGUGUCCGCAUCUUCGAUAGUAGCGUGGGCGGCCUUGGUGGUUGCCCGUACUCGAAAGGUGCUACUGGGAAUGUGGCGACCGAGGACCUCGUACACACUAUUCACAGCUUGGGAAUGCAUACCGGCAUCAGCCUGGAGGAGAUGUCCAAGGUUGGAUCCUGGAUUAGCGGCGAGUUGGGACGAGCUAAUGACAGCCGGGCCGGAAAGGCUACGCUUGCUCGUCUUGCAGCUGAGAAAGCGAAGCUUUGA